AAAAAAAAAAAAAAGAAAAGGUAAAAACUUUAUGGAAAUAUUAAAGCAUCUUCUUCCCCCUUUAUAAGCCACAAGUCUCAUGCACUUUCCUCAAACACACAAACACACUUCGCUCCCUCUCCCCAAACUUUCUCUCAAUCCAAACACACUCAUAACCAAAAAUAUGGUCUCCCUAGAAAGUGUUCAAAGAACAUCUAGAUCCAUUGAACCAAUUACUAGUCCAAGAAUUUCCUUCUCAGCUGAAUUCCUAGAUGAAAAUAACUUCAUCUCUAUUAGUCCAAACUCUCAGCUUGAGCAAGAAAAGGAUCGUGGUGGUGAAAAAGCAGCACGUAAUGCAGAAUUCGAAUUCCUCUCAAACAACAAAGAGAGCAGCCACACCAUGUUGACAGCAGACGAGCUUUUCUUUGAAGGGAAACUCCUUCCAUUUUGGCAAAUGCAGCACGCAGAGAAGCUAAACAAGAUCAGUCUCAGAAUGAAAGAUGAUGAGGAAGAAGAUGUUGAAGAAGAGGUUAAUAAUAACAAAGAAGAGAAUAAUAGGAUGAGUUGGUUUGUUGAUGAUGACCCUUCUCCGAGGCCACCUAAGUGCACUGUUCUAUGGAAAGAGUUACUAAGGUUGAAGAAGCAACGCGCUUCGUCGACUUUAUCACCAUCUUCUUCUUCUUCGUCGUCUUCGUCUUCUUCGAGCUCACUUGCUGAUAUAAAUACAGCAGAUGAAGGAAAACAAAGCAGAGAGAAGCAUAUGAAAAGGAUAAAGAAAGGUUUGGAGAGAACAAGAUCAGCUAGCAUGAGAAUUAGACCAAUGAUUAAUGUUCCAAUUUGCACUACUCAAGUGAAAAGCAGUGCUUUGCCACCUUUGUUUCCUCUAAAGAAAGGAAGAUUAUUAGAAAGGUGAAAAAAGAAAAGAACGAAUUGGUAGAUAAGCUUGAAGCUGGUUGGAUCUGCUGGGGUUUAAUCUGAUAUGUCAAUCUCUUUCCCAUUUCUUCCAUUCCAUUUCCCUUUUUAUUUUUCUUUUAUUAUUAUUAUUUUUUAAUUUAUGUUUCUUGCUUUAGAUUGUUGAUUUUGUGGGUCUGAAGAAUUAUAAUGUAAAUUCUGACUUUUUAA